AUGUCAGCCUUUGUGAGUAGCAGUUUGCUACCACCAAGUGUCAUCCAGGUGUCACCGAAGCCCACUCUCCCCACACUCUGUGUUGCAAUCAUGAGCGCCGCAUUGUCAGGCUUCACCUCACCUCGUGCUGCCGUCCAGGGCGCGCUGCUACGUCUGCUGAACACCUCCGUGGACGUUUUUCUUGGCUGCACUCACGUCGGUGCUAUGGGUCAGUUAGUUGCCUUGGAUUUUCUUGGCACAGUAAAACCGCCAUCUGAAGACUCCCUACCCUCACAUAACGUGACACCGGGAUUCGAUGAUAUGCUGGAGCUGUGGGGCAUAAUGCUUUCGGCAUACUCGAGAGAUUGGCGUAGCGAUCUGAACUCUAGCGGCGCCUCUGAGGGUUGUCGUCAGCAGAAGUUUGAACAUUCUCGAUCUGUCUACGUUGGUCUGCUGCGUGCCCUCUUUCGUCUCCUCUCUGCUCUUUGGACCCCAGAAUCGUGCUCCCGUUUGUUGCCCUCAGUGACGUCCUUCGAGCUCUCACUGGGGCUUCUGGACUGCCACCUCAUCUACCCCGCCACCGCUGCUGUCUCGACGACAGAUGCUGUCGGCCUGUCCGCCUACGUGCGCCUCCUUGACCCUGAGAUCGCCCUCCUUCGCGGGCGACUGGUCAAUCUCCUCCACGUAGCCACGUCUGCCGUAGCCUUCGUUCGGGGUUUGUAUUCCCUCCAGGGGGCGGAAAAGUCUGCAUUGGAAGACCUAAUGAAACAAGCUGUAGAUGGAUUGGGUGCUGUCGAGUUUUUCUUUGAAAGUUACAUUCCAAAAUUUGUAAAGUUUCUCUCCGAAAUGCCACUGAUCGUAGAGGAGUCAAUCUGUGGUACCUUGCUAGCUCAGGGCAGAUCAUAUCUACUAAUGCUUCUCGCUCACCCCUUCAACGGUAUCCGAAAGGUUACAUAUGCACAAAUUUGGGAUGUUCUUUCAACAAACAUCUCAAUCAAUCUGGCAGCAGAUCCAACGUCAUUUCGCUACAAAUGCCUUACUUUUGUUCUCACCCCCGAAAUCCUCGGCGAAAUUGUCGAAUUCGGCCUGCACGACUCAGUUCCAGAGAUCGUUUCAACUGCUCAAACAUGCCUUCGUAUCCUCCUUGACGCACACCAACUCAUUCCGCAACCUAUGUGGCUUCUACUCGUAAAUCUCCUCGUAGAAUCACCUAACGAAACCUUGGAACUCAAUUGCCUUCCCACCAGCGCCGACUGGCGUCCCCUGAAACCUCUUCUUUCCCUCGGGAUCGCUCCACUUGCUGCCUCCCCCGGCAAUGAGCUCCUUACGGAGCGUGUUCUAGACGCCUGUCUAGGUGUUGGUGGCUUCGCAGACGUUCACCCCAUCCCAUUGGCACCACUCCUGCCUUUACUCUACCUCCCUCUAUCAACAGUCCGUCUGAAAGCUGCUGAGUUGAUUGUCCGCAUUCUCGCCACCAUUUUCCAUGUGGUGGAGGAGGUGAUAGAAGUGGUCUUGUCAGUGGAAGAGACGCUGUGUGAUCUUCUCCUCUUCGCCUCUUCUGAAGCCACGCCUUCGGUGAAGGAGGUCAUUUUUCAUGACGUUGUCUAUCAGUCGCCCACUGUGAUGAAUGAUUUCAGUGAGCUCGUGGCAGCACUGGACAAUGCGUUAGAUUUGGUGACCGACGAGGUGGCUACUGUGGAAGUUCGGCGUGCUGCCGGAGAACAGGUUUUGGCAAUUAUCACAUCACCUAUCGGUCUAACUUGUUGGCACGAGGUGGGCGGUCCCCCCAUCCUCAUCGGGUGGAUUUCUACGUUGCCAAGUGCCGUGGGCCAGACUCUGGCUAGCAAGCUUCUCAUCGAACCCAUAGUGCUCAUUCAAUUGGCCAUCGCCCAUUAUAUCAUUACACAUGACUUCGACUCUCGCACUCAGCUCUACCUUAACCAAUCCACCUGUCUUCUUCCUCUCCUUUUCAUUGGACUAUGCUUUUGGAAGGUGGACGAAAUUCGCCGAUGUGUUUCGACGAUCAUUGCUCUGGUCAUCUUCACCCCUGCAAUUAGGUUUUCUGACGAAUCUCCCGUGUGUCUGCCACAGGCAAUCGUUCGCUCCUUCUGUCUGCCCUUCGUCUGUCCUAUCUACUACCUCCAAUCGCGCCACUGCAUUGAACAACCUGACUUCUCACGUCUCCUUCAACACCUCAUUAACGCUCGUUCCCUGUCCGCCCUGUCUUCACAGCGGACACGAGUGGUGACAGUGGCGGUGGUCAGGGCUCUGCGUGUCAUCUGGCAUUCCCUUCUUGAAGGCGAGGUCACUCUGGCAACUGAUCCACUUCUGAAGUGCACAGCCACGGAAUCUGCCAUCAUAGAGGCAACUCAGCUCUCCAGCGCCAUUCCACGCGCCCUCCACGCCAUCAGGAUGUCCAAAUCUCAUAUAGAGGCCUCUGUGAAUAUGAGCCACCUCCAUCUGCUCUCCGUCGUCUUUUGGCGCAGCCCCAAAAGCUGUAUGACAUGGUGGCACGAGGCCGAUUUGGCCCGCUUUCUUCAAGUCCUGCCCUCCUGCACCGAUGACUAUCGCUUGCUCAUUCACUGCCUUCAAACGCUGACCAACCUGAAUUUUAGCCCACCUUAUUGUAAUCCCAAUACAAUUUCGAUGUCCAAGUGGAUGUUGGAAGAAAUCAUGACGACUGCUUCACCGCUGUCCUACUUGAUGCGCCGUUUUGACGCAGGCGUUGGUGCCACAGAUAGCAGACGUCUGGUGGAGGCAAAGUCCACCCUUCACUUUCACACUCUUCCACGCCUUUUCGAUGCCCUCCUUGCCUGCGAGGACUUCGUCGCCGACGUUGAUGUCUACGCCCUGGAGCAACCUACACCAGUUGUCUCAUCGGGAGAACUUUCGAGGAAGGAAGAGAAGUGGAAGACACCUGGCGAAGGCGCCUGUCCGAAUCGUACACGAGCUGAGCACUGCAUAACGCCGACAUCGCAGGACACUAGCCCUGCGUUUUCUUCAUGCACGAGUCAUCCGCAGUCUAGGGCGCUGAGAUUGUCUGUCAAGACUGGAUGGACGUCCUCAGCCCUAUCUUGUGGUCCUGUUGUCCUAUCUGCACGAUCGGCUCAUGUGGACGAGUACAAACAAACUUCCUGGAUAGCUGGUGUGCAACAGAUCGAUGCCACACUCAGAGAGCUUUUCCAGCAAACGAUCCACCUGAUCAGGUGCAUUUUGGAAGCCGAGAAGCACGCCUGCCUACACGGUGGCAUUCUGUACUCUUCACUAGCACUCCUGCACAACGCUCUGCUUCUACUCACUUCCGAAUGUCGGGAUUCUAUUACAUCGUUUGAGGCUUAUUCAAUUUCGCCUUGGCUUUUUCAGUUAACUCAUCAAGGCUACAACAUGGAGAUUCGCUGUUUGACUGUCACACUGCUUGCGCAGGUGGUUUUGCUUAACAAUUUUGAGGAAAAAUCGCCUGAUAUUUGGAAUAUGGCUUUCUCUCUACUCUUGAACUCAACUGAAUCUCCAAAGAUGCGGGCAGCUGCAGCUCAUUUGCUUGCAAACUUGACCGCUCGCUUUCAAGAAAUUGACUUUUCGGUAGAUUCUGAGAUUUCUGACAACCCUCUUGUACCUACUUUUGUGGAUCCACAAACUGAAAACGUUGAAAAUCCCCAAAAUGGGUCACUCCGGCAAAAUUCCUGUGCUUUUUCAACUCCCCUUCUCAUCGGUCGAGUUUGCAGUUUCCUUGCAAACCUCUGUCACGCCCUUCCACCUGAAUUUAUCCUCCGAAACUUUGAAGAAAACCGUCUUUGCGUUGCACUGAUGAAAGUCAUUAAUCCAAAGUUGCUACACCGUUUGACUGCUAGCAGAGACAAUUCUCGUCCAAAUAUCAUGGCGCAUAUGGCGGCACGCCACUCGGCCUCAGCUUUUACACAAAUUCUCCGUCUCUUUCGCCUCCUAUUUUCCAUUAGCCCGCAGCAGAAGCUCACCUUUUUUUCCGAUCUUCGAUUUCUCACUCUUCUAGCAACCGGCUUCUCUUGUUUCUCACUUGACUCGGUGGAUCUCAGAAGUCUAUGUAAGGAGACGAUGCUCUUCUUCAUAGCCAUCCUGGAGCCAGAGACGGAGGGUGCGGAAGACUUCCUGCUGCGUCACGCCCUCUACCCUCUGGCCUCACAGGUGCACCAGUGGGGUCCGCUCAUCGACCGACUGCUCCGUGGAGUGGUCGACCUCAACGGCACCUCUCCCACUGGAGGUUCUGCAUGCAGUGACGUGUCACGGUUGACGACGUUUGAACUACUUCACGUUGCACUCAUAUUCCUCUCCGUCAUUCUUUCGUGUUGCGCCUCGCACACCUUUGAGGCCCUAAAACAGCCCAACGCAUCUGAUUCCUCCACCAUUGCACCUCGAUUUGUCAAUCCGGUCCCAGCUGCUCUGGAUGCCGCCGCAUCAGGACAGAUUGCUACGGCUCUUAUCUCUCUGGAGACAUCUUUUCCGCAUCCCAGAAUAGAUCUGGAUGGUGUUCUUCUCGACAGUGGAGUUGCAGAGGGUGGUGAUCCAGAAAGUCCACACAUGUUUUGGCAUUUGGAGAUCAACAGACAGGCGGUGCAUUCAGCGCUGAAGAUACUCUUUUGCACUUCGUCUGCGGCCAAGAAGGCAGCACUUGAAGGUGAUUACCUGGACACCCUCUUCGCUCUUUGCCGUAACCUUGUGGAGCGGUUGAACCUGAUUGUUAAGCAUCCGACGAGGCCAAGGAACGCCAAUUUCGUGUCAUCACCAGCAGAGGUGUCACCUCCGAGCCUAUUGAAGAAGCGAGCCUUCGAGAGACGUCAGUUGGCCUGGCAAUGCCUCACUGCCCAUCUUUUGCGUCAUCUAGAGCUUCUAGGCAACCUUAUUUACGGCAGCCCAGAGGUCAAGAAAGCCGUUGUUGAAGCCGGUUUUCCGAAGCUGGUGCUGGACAUCUGGCCAUUGGGUCUGAUCGACAGCCGAGUGAUGUACAACCUCCUAUUUUGUCUCAUCAACCUCUCCGCCGAUUCUUUAUCGGCCUCCAGCGUCAUUGCUGCUGCCACCACCCCCACUAAUGUCUCUACCACUGCCACCGCCUCUUCAUUGCGUGGUGAAGUCCCUCCAAUAUCUGCCUGCACCCAUCCCACCACCGGCAUCUUCUCUCUAUUUUGUGCUUAUUAA